CCAAAAACGAAAUAUAUACAUAUAUAUAUAAUGCAUGUCUAUUCCUCUAUUGCAGAGCGACGGUCAUUGAAAGAGCUGACGCGUGGUACAAAGACCAUGGAGGAUUGACUAAAGUCAUCUGUGAAGAAGACUACUCCCAGAAGCACCAAAAAGAUGAAAUGGUCAAUGACAACCAGGAAAGAAGUUGUUGUCCCUGUGAUUCUGUCACCUACAAAUUGAUCUUCAAAGGUCUUUGGUCUCGACGGACUCACCCGAAGGACUUCCCAACACAGACCCACCUGUUGCAUUGGUCCAGCGUCGUCGGUGCAUCCCACAGCGCAGAGUACAACAUCUGGCAGUAUGGAGGGAUGGCGUCCCGUGCAGUGAAGUACGUCUGUGAGUACGGCUCAUCAAAUGUCCUCGAGGGUGAAAUGAGAAAACAUAGUGAGAAGAUCCGUACAGUUGUGAAAACUCCCCAGAUGUGGGGGGAUGUCCUACGUUCCCACCAAGCUUUGUUUUCAGUCAACAAAGAUUACCAAUUCUUGUCCCUCAUCACUAUGAUUGGCCCCAGUCCUGACUGGUGUUUAGGUGUGAGCUCAUUAAACCUCUGUCAGAAGAACUGCACCUGGGCUGAUAACUUGGAAGUAAAUCUAUAUCCUUGGGAUGCUGGAACAGAUGAUGGUCCCAGCUAUAUGGGACCCAAAUCAGCAAGUGACCCACAACAAAGGAUCCAUCGGAUCACAAACCGUUACCCAAACACUCCGUCGUCUCCGUUCUACGGUCCGAACAAGAUUGCUCCGAUGGCUCGUCUCAUCAUCAGCAAAGAGAAGGAAAAGUGCGGGGGGAAACACACGUUGAAUGAAGGAGAGAGUUCCCGGACGACUGAGGAACUGGUGGAUCUCAUGAAGAAGAAGAUGGAGAUGAAGAAGAAACUAGAAAUGGAAAAAUGUGCCGCCAACGAAUGGAGUGAAUGGACGGCGUGUUCAGCGAGUUGUGGAAUGGGUUCACAUCAACGGAGACGUACUCUGAAGAUGGCACAUGUGUUGCCAUCAAUGUGUAAAACAAAGUUGAUUGAAACCAAGAAAUGUUUCGAACUCGCCAAUGGCUGCGACACUGGAAUGGAUAAAAAGAAUGGUUUGAAAUCUCCGAAGAAGAAUAAAAAGCAGAAUCUACGUCCUGGUAAAAAGUUGCCAUUGAAUUAUGAAUUCAGACACCAACAGAAGAUGGAUUUCAAGGACAAGUGUGCUGUGACACCUUGGUCACCAUGGUCACCAUGUAGCGUGACAUGUGGCAGUGGAAUGAGGGAGAGGUGGAGAAUAUUCACAUCAGUGGAUGCCACACCAGAAAGAUGCCGUGUACGGAGGAUGGAGAGAGAUUUCUGUCGAAUACUUGACUGUCGGAAGGCUGAAAUGAUGAAAAACUGGACUUCUGUGUGCUCCCAGCCCCCAGAAGAUGGUCCCUGCAGGGGGUCGUUCCCACGGUGGUACUAUGACCCAAACAUGCGGAAGUGUAUCCAGUUUAAUUACGGUGGUUGCCGUGGUAACGAAAACAGAUUCCAGUCUGAAGAAGCCUGUGUGAAAUCUUGCAUAGAACGCAUGAAGUUGAUAAUGAUGAUGAAGGAGAAAGAUAUGGCAAACGUGAAGCAACAAAUGAGGAAAAUGAGGAAGAAAUUGAAAAAAGCUCGUCGACAUCGCCAUGUGAAUAACCGGGUCCACUGCAUGGUGACCCCAUGGUCGAAUUGGUCAGCUUGUUCAGCCACAUGUGGUAAUGGAAUCACCAUGAAGAGUCGAAUGAUCAAAGUUAAACCAAUGAAUGGAGGAAGGAGAUGUCCGAAAAGAAUGGUGAAAAAGAAGAAAUGUAAACUUGCCAGAUGUUCAGUUGACUGUGAAAUGUCUGAGUGGGGAGAGUGGAACACUUGUACUGGUGACUGUGAUGCGAUGGCUGGCAUGCAGGUACGUAAACGAGACCGAGCUGUGAAACCAAGAAGAGGAGGCAAAAGUUGUCCAUCAAAAACUGAAAAACGAAAGUGUAAUGUCCUAUCUUGCUCGUCUGACACAUAUAUGAACUCCACUUUGAAAGCCACAGAAAUGGAGAAAGUAAAACAAGCAAAUUCUAUGCUUAAAAACAAACAAUAAACAAACAAAUAAAAAUUCCCGGAGGAUGUUUCUUCAAAUUUUAACCAUGGGAAACCAAAACAUUUCAAAAAAAAAAAAAAACUAAGAAAAGAAAAAGUAAAAAACUAAAAAGAUAAAUGUAAUGGAC